AUGUCACUUGAGUUAUCAGAAGAAGAAAGAUUUGGUGCUGAUCAUUACGGAAAUAACGAAUCGAAUAAAGUUUCAUCGUUAGUAGUAGAAGAAAAUGUUGAAAAAGAGAGACCUCGGAAGUAUAAAAUAAUUGCUUUGCUAUACGUUUUAUCUUUAGCCC